GUACUGCCGAGUGAGCGAAUGUUUGGCUCAAAUCUGAGCCCUUAACUGCUCAGUAAUCAGGAACUGUUCCAGGAACACCUGGACGGAGACAGGCUAGCAGCAGAGAUGUGGACACCGCAGGGCGACCAGCAGCCUGCUGCGGUGGGAGAGAUUUCCGGAGCAGCGAUCAAACAGGAGCAGCCUUGUGUGGAAGAAAACGCGCAGCCUCCCGAAACCAUAGAGGUUGUUUUCAAACCCGUAGUCCUGCUGCCUGGAUUAGAUGUUCAGAUGCUGUUGAUUAAAGAUGAUGUUCCAAAAGGUCAGAGUGCCGCUGUUGACCCUCACGGCCCAAAGCCCUUUCACAUUAAGGAGGAACAGGAGGAAGUCUGCACCAGUCUGCAGGUACAGCAACUCAGCGGGAAGGACAUCAACUCCGUCAGGUUUCCGGUCCUUCAAACAGCCAUAAAGAGCGAGGAUGAUGAAAAGUCCCCCGUGUUCAAAAACGUAAACAGAUGUUUCCCAGAAGAACCUGUGCUAAUGGUGGAGAAACAGCCUAACAUUACAGGAAAACUGCCAAUUUCUCGAGUGGCACCUGUUCGGACAACAAAGACACGGAAACAGAAGAAGACUGAUGAAGAAAAGGGAGCUAAAAAAAGAGAAUUAUACAGAGCCCGAAAUAAAACGAGGAUAAACAUCGGUGCAGCUUUUCAGAGGUGGAGGGAGCUAAGCAUCCUGAAAGGAUUCAAAAACAACACAGAGUUGGCCACAUAUCUGCUUGACAAAUAUUCAGAUGGUGUUCAUUAGGAUGAUCUUCCAAAAGAUCAGAGUGCUGGUGAUGACCCUUACAACCCAAGGCUCUUCAACAUUAAAGGGGACAUAUCAUGCAAAUUCCACUGAUUUAGCCCUUGUUGUGUACUUGGAGUCUCUUGGAGUGCAGAAAAGUUGAAUCUACUCUGUCCAGGAGCUGCGUAGAUAUCUUGAUAUUCUUUUUGGGUCAUAUCUUUCCAAGCCAUUCAAUUGUCUCUGUUUUUUUAACUAUUAUCACAGUAUUUGUUAUGGAACUACUAAACAGUGUCAUGGACUUCCAGCUUACCAGUCUUGCGUGUCCACCAUUUAUUUAUUUGGAAUCGUGAGCAUUGAUUGAUUGCGUCGUGAUGCAUCUCAAUAGUCAAGGACAAAAAUGUAAAAAAAACAAGUUGUGUAGGUCCUCUAGGCGGGUUCUUCUUUGUUGAAACAUUUUGGCUCUUCUUCAAGCAACUUCUCCAGUCUGAGGAGUUGCCGAUAAACUCAGCCUUUUAAGCAGUACCUUUGCAUAGUGGCUAAACAAGUGAACUGUGGCAAUCAAAACUUGUUGCUCACAUGCAAAGGAGGAUCAUCAAGCUACUAACUGAUCGAUAGUUUUCUGGUGGCCACUUAUUGUUCCCAGCUGUAUGAGUAUAGCUCACAAUAAUAGCCCCCUCCUACAAUAUUGUUUUUACAAGUAUCUCUCAACCACUGGCCACUGUAAGUUAUAGUGGAAUGCAAUGCUCUAGGCAGCCUAAAGGCCAAAACACACCAAACCCUCUGAGCCGUCCAAUGCGACGGAAAAUCGCGUUGUAAAGAUUGGAUCUGGUCGAAGUGAAUGGGGCCGGGCAGACCGGCUUGUGGUUUCUGCAGCUGUACUGUGUAGCUUCGACCAAAGUAGACCUCUGCUCUAUCUUGGUCGGAGCUAUGCAGCAUUUUGACGGGAAAUCCACGAGCCGCGAGGUAAACGGAAAGCAAUUUCCGGCCAGGUUCGUCCCCAUAUAGGUCAGUUCUUGAAGACACAGUUCAAUAAA